AAAGGAGACACAUCACCGGACAGAACCAGAAGGCUGUCUGCUGAGACCCAGGAAAUUACUCGUCGCCUCGUCUCGACAGCCUGGUAGCAACACAGUGCACAUUUCAGUAGUUCCAAAAUAAAUAAUCCAAGGACUCAUGUCGCAUGUGAGCAAAACCACCUGACCAAAGACAUGUGAGCCUCAACCCUUCUGUCCCAGAUCUUCUUCACCCUGAGUAAAAGUAGGCAGAGUUUGCUUUGACGAUGUCAAGCCGCCGGAAAUCGACCACACCUUGCAUGGUGCUGCCCUCUGAUGUAGUGGAGCAGGAAGAGGUAGAAGAGAAAACAGAAAAGGCAAAGGAGGAAGAGGCGGAGGAAGAGGAGGGCAAGAUAAAGGAGGGAGCAGAGGAGGGGCCGACUGCAGAGGAGCUGAGUCAGGCAGUAGUGGUUGUCCCCACCCCUCCAGAUACAGAUGAGCCCAGUAUCUCUGCUGUAGAGGACAGUGAAGUCCUUGCCCCCUCACUCAAACAUAGUGCUACAAACCCUCCAGAGGAUCUGAGCAGUGAACAGCCAACCCAGGAGCAACAGUGUGAUACACCCGAGGAGGGAGGAGCAGACCCUGCCGCGGUGGCUGCCAUUUCCCUCAGCAAGACCCCCAUUAUGAGGAUGAAGACCAAAUCUGAACCCAAGAGGAUCGCCGUGUCCCUGAAAUCAGCAGAUGAAGCGGUGGAAGGUUUCGGCGUUGGUGGCGAGGGAGAAGUGGGAGGAGAGCAGGAACCCAUCGAAGCUCCUCUUGGGCCGAUGACGCCCGUGGAGAUGCUGCUACACGACUCCAUGAAGCUCGGGGGAGGCGGCUUGCUGGUCAACCAGUCCUCAGAUCAGCAGAGGAAAUCAUCAACUUUAAACCCCACAGUUCUGCCUGCUGGACUGGCACAGGUGCUUUCUGCUUUCCAGGCCCAGCAGAAUGCAGCAGCAGCAGCAGCUCAGCCUCAGCUGUUGAUUCCCCUCAGUAGUAUCCCCUCCUACAGUGCAGCUAUGGACACCAACCCCCUGCUGGGUAGCACAUACAAGAAGUUUCCUUACCCCUCCAUGGCUGAGAUUAGCAGCUUGGCAGCACAGACACAGUUCACAGAGGAGCAGAUCAAGGUGUGGUUCUCAGCCCAGCGGCUGAAGCACGGUGUGAGCUGGACUCCAGAGGAAGUGGAGGAGGCCCGGAGGAAACAGUUUAACGGCACGGUGCACACUGUGCCUCAGACCAUCACUGUCAUACCUGCUCAUCAGCUCUCGGCAGCUGCCAACGGCCUGCAGUCUAUUCUUCAGACCUGCCAAAUAGUGGGCCAGCCCGGCUUGGUGUUCACACAGGUCGGCCCAGGGGGGCACCUUCCAGUGACCAGUCCCAUCACUCUGACAGUGGCAGGGCUGCCCAGCCAGUCCCAGAGCUCCAGCAGAGUUUCCUGCCAGCCCACCCCGACAAACAGUGAGCUGAAACGGGCUACCACUGUCCAGCCUCCCUCUCUUUCUCCACAGGAGAACUCAGCCCUCAGUGCUGACACAUUCAGUUUGCGGCCGAAGAAGUCCAAAGAGCAGCUGGCAGAGCUGAAAGCCAGCUACCUGAAAAACCACUUUGUCACUGAUGCAGAAAUCGCCCGGCUGAUGAAGCUCACCAACCUCACAAAGGGAGAGAUCAAGAAAUGGUUCAGUGACACCCGGUACAAUCAGCGCAACUCCAAAAACAGCCAUGUCAUUGUUUUCCACGACGGAGGGGGCAGAGGAAGUGGCAGCUGUGGUAGCACUGCAAGCACCGCCAUUGUUAUUGACUCAAGUGAUGAGACCCCCACAUCUCCCCAUCCUCCGCGCACUCCUCCUGUGAAGGAGAAGGAGACACGGACCAAAACAUGGAAUACGUUCCCAGAUUUUACCCUGCAGAAGUUUAAGGAGAAGACUCCGGAGCAGCUGGUGGUGCUGGAGGAAAGUUUCGAGAAGAGCAGCACCCCAUCAGAUGAAGAACUGAGCCGCCUGAGGACAGAGACUAAACUGACGCGGAGGGAGAUUGAUGCCUGGUUCACUGAGAGAAGAAAAAUGCCAUCUGUCAGUACUUCCUCCCCAGAUUCUUCAGAGGGAGGAAAGAUUGAGACAGAGGGAGCAAAAGUAGGAGAAGGAGCAGGACCCAGCUCUUCCUCUCCUACUGCCUCCACAUCUCGUAAAGGUAGUCAAACUCCUCCAGGCAGUCGCAGUAAGCAGCUGCCAAGCAGCAGCAACAAAGACAUGAAAGAUAAGAGUAAAAAGACUCCGGAGCAGCUCCAUAUUCUGAAAAGUGCCUUUGUGCGGACCCAGUGGCCCACACCAGAGGAGUACGACCAGCUGUCAGAGGAGAGCGGCCUCCCUCGGUCCUACAUCGUCAGCUGGUUUGGGGACUCUAGGUACUCGUGGAAGAACAGUAACUUGAAAUGGUUCUUUCAGUACCAAAGUGGCAAUGUGGAAGGGCCAAAUGGCGGAGGAAGCAAUAAAAUGGGAAGCAGUGGCGGUGGCGGUCGAAAAAGACGUGGCCGAAAUCGUGGUUGGGGGCGGUCUCGAACCAGAAAGCAGCCAAGAAGGUCUGCCUCCUCCAGUGCAGAUGUGGAUAGAUUUCCCCCAUCGAAGAAAUUCAAGAGUGGGAGGGAGAUUCUGAAGGAGUACUACAUGAAGUACCGUUUUCUCAAUGAGCAGGACCUGGAUGAGCUUGUCGCUAAGACCAACAUGAGCUACGAACAGGUGAGGGAGUGGUUCGCCGAGGUCCAGCGACGCUUGGACAUGGGGGCAGAUCCCUUCGUGGAGGCGACUGGAGGAAGGACAGAUGGAGAUGAAGCAGGAGAGGGAGGGGUUAUGCAAGGAGAGGCGUCGAUGGCCAUGGAGGAACAGAGCGGCACAGGAGCAGGAGACGAGGACGAUGACGAUGAAGGAGAUGAGGAGGACGACGGUGAUGAUACAGACGACAGUGAGGUUUGGGAGCCGUCACGUAGCGUCAGGAAAUCCUUGUCAGUCUCUGAAGACUAAUGAUUGUGGAGAGCACGGUGAAACAUUACAGAAUGUUACAAGAGAGAUGGUGGUAUGGUAGAUGCUGGAAGACAGUUAGCUAAACCAUGUCCUUUUGCCACUGAUUUGCAUCAUGUGCUCAUUCGCAUUAUGAAUUCACUGUAUUUAAAUAUUUCUGACAUCACGUCUACGUGAAACUAACACAUGGACUAUUAGCUUUAGCUCACUCUCUCAAUACUUAUCGUAUUCACUGUAAGUAAUUUGUAACAAUUCAAAAAAGAAUCAUGCGAAAGAAGCAAACUUCGAUAAAGCCUAAAAAACAAAUGUUUUGUCAAAAAGAAUACCAUAAAGUGCAAUCUUCAAGCUGAAGAUGAUGAAACCUGUUGAGAUGAAAUAGGUACCUUAAAAGAUGGUGUAUCCAGACACAUUGAUACAUUUGAUUGCACCUGAUAAAUACUGUGAGAUUUAUUAUCGCCCCUUGUUAAAUUUGCACUCCUUGCUUGCUCAAAUGGAGCCAGUGAGGGAGAUUUAUUUAGUUAUGCUGCAUUUCUUUGGAGCCUGUUUUGUGCACAGCAGGCCUAAAUUCAAACUUCAGUCUCCAGUGUUAUGAAUGUUCCAUCCCUGGUCCCAAACUAACAGCACACACACACACACACACAUACACACACACACAUAAAAAAAGACUUGUGUGUUUACAAAGGUGCUUAAAAUCGUAUCACAACUAGAUGUCACUGCUGAGCAAUGUCUCCAGUGAAACAGCAUACAUCUACUUGUGGAACUGCUUGAUUUUACAUGUUACAGUAUCUUUUCUUUCUAGCACCUGUGAAGAUCAUUGCAAGGACCGGAUGUGAAUCAGCAGGUUGUUUGAGCUGAUCGAUAAUGACACUGAAAGUCGGGUGUUUUAUCUCCCAGAGAUAAAUGCCUCAAACGAUAUGAGACAAAGCACCUUACUGCUGAAUGAAUGCCAAUGCCGUGAUGCUUUUAAAACACAGGAUGUCUACUCAAGUCUUCCCUUUAUAGCAGCUUGUUCUUUCAUUAGUAUUAAUAGUAGAUAGAUUUUUUUUAGCUGAACACAUACAGAUCUGAUGGAAAAACGCCACAGUAUGUGUUUGGUAUGCACUGCUAGUAAUGUUUUUAAAGUAAUUUUUCACCUUUUGAUAGAACACAUCCUGUGCUAAGGGUGAUUCAGACAGUAGGCUGUUGUUCCAAAGUUGAAUGUGUUGUCUCCCAAGCAGUGAGCUGCAGUUUACAAGGCACCAUAUGUGAACAAAAUAAUGGCCACUGUGAGGCAGACAUUUGGGUCCACCGAAAUAACAAUAGAAACCGAUAUAGUUUGCUGCAGUGUUUUGCUUAGAAUGAACUUGAGGUGGGUUUCUGAUGGGUACAAUUGAUGGUCUGAACUGGGGCAUUGCAAAGUUUUUCCCAAACCAUGUAAAUGUAAGCACCAGCUGCAGCCCUGUUGUAAAUUUAAAGUAAGUCAAUCCAUGAGUUGUCACCUUGACUGCAAUCACCACCAAAUCACCAACACCUUGCCUUUAGGUUUGGGCUCAUCUGCUCAUGUCAAAAACAAGGCCUGUGAAUCUUUUUGGGUCUUGACCCAUACUUUAAGAAAUACUGUUAAAAUGGAAAC